AUGUCAUUUCAAUCUUACGGUCAAAACGAAACACUUAUUUCGUCCAUUCGUAAUAUCAUAAAGGUAGAUUUUCAUUUAUGCUUUAAAAGUGCAUUUUUUUUUAAUGGUUUCAUUAAAUUAAUAUUUUACCAGGAUUAUCCUUUCGAAAGUAUAUUUAAAGAAUUUCUUCAAAAUGCUGAUGAUGCUGGAGCUACUCGAUAUCAUGUUAUAGUUGACGCUCGUUCACACCCUACAGACUCUCUAUUUUAUGAUGAAAUGAAGGCUUGGCAAGGCCCAGCCAUUUUGAUAUUUAAUAAUGCGAAAUUUAAAGAAACUGAUUUUGAAUCGCUUAUGCAGAUACGCGUUGGGGGAAAACAAGGUGAUGAUACAAAAAUCGGGAAACAUGGAAUAGGCUUUAAUUCGUGUUAUCAUUUUACUGAUGUUCCAAGUUUUAUAAGUGGUGAUUCUUUUGCGUUUUUGGAUCCUCAAGAGAAAUAUUUGUCCCAACGUGGUAUUAGGGGUCUUAUUCCCAAUAAUGGCAUUGAUGGGUUCUCUAAUAAGGACCAAUUAGUUCCCUUUGAAGGCAUUGAAGGAAUAGAUUUUCGAUCUACUUUUGAAGGGACUCUCUUUCGAUUACCACUCAGGAAAGAAUCAAGUGAUAUCUCUGACAGCAUUUUUACUACCGACAAGGUUCUCGAAUUACUC